AUGGCCAUAAAUAAUAUCAACGCAUACUUUCUGGAAAUUGACCGAAUACAAUUUCAGGUAUUUGAGAAAAUAAAUGAGAUCACAUCAUUAAACAGAGGUUCGCAGGAUCAGUCUGAGUCACUUGAUGAAAGAAGAGGAUCAAUAGCCAAAAGUGCCAACGGUCUCAUUAGGAAGAUCCCAGGCUUGUUGGAUGUAAUAAGCAUUCAGAUCAAACAGGAGAGCCACACAUUAAUUGAGAAGAACUUUUUAAAGGAGAAGCUCGAGUUAUAUAAAGAGAAGGUUAGUUACUUGAAGCUGAAGUUGAAGGAGAGCCAAUUAGUUGCUUACUCUUUAGAGAGUGAGUUGACCCAUAAGCAAAGACUUGAAGAGUACGUUAAGGAUGCUAACGAAGUCUCUUCAGACAUGAGAGAGGAGUUGUUUGCUGGAAGAUCACAUACUCAAGCCACUGACACCGAAAAGCCAAUCAACGAACAGAUUUUGACCCAGAAUCAAAACAUCACAUCUUCAUUGAAGUUGACCAAGCAAUUGAUGACAAUGUCAGUCAUGCAGACAGAAUUGAAUAUUGACGGUUUAGAUCAGCAAUCUAAGGAUUUGAACAAGUUGAACGAUAAGCUCGUUAACUUGGAAGGUGUCUUAUUGAAGUCGAAGCAGAUCGUCAAGUUCAUUGAGAAGCAGGAUAAACGGGAUAAGAGAAGAAUUUAUCUUAGUAUAGGUUUCUUACUUAUUUGUUGUGCAUGGGUAUUGUGGAGACGAGUUCUUAAAAUGCCAGUCAAGAUUCUCUUGUGGUCUCUUUUGAAAUUCUUUGGUGUUUUAAACUGGAUAUACUCCAAAUAUCCUUCAGAUAAGCUUGGAAUACAGGUGACGAGCAAUGAACUUGCAUCUUCUUCCGAAUCAUUGGCCUCUUCACAAAGCGUUGAGCAUGAAUUUUCAACUCUCAUUGAUUUGAUUAAUGAGGAGACUCAAUUCUCAAUUCUUCCUAUAAAAGAAGAAGUCGAGGAAGAGACCGAGUUUUCGAUACUUCCUAUAAAUGAAGAAGAUGAGGAGGAAAUAACUUUCUCGAUUCUUCCUAUUGACGUUGAAACACAAACAGAACUGACAGAGAAUGUUCUUAAAUCUACUGUAGCUCCUGAGGCUUCUGAAAAGAAUGAGAGUUCCAAUUUGGGUACCGUGAGCGAAGAAGUAGAUUUCGAACCCAUAGAUUUGGACAAGCUGAAUGAUGAGGCUCAACUAUAUUAUGGAGAGCAUUCACCGGAGAAUGAACAGGUCGCUGACGACUCAAACCUAUUGGACGACUCAAUAGAAAUGGUAGAAGACAUCUCGCCGCUUUCCUUGCAAUCAGACCAUGCGGAGAGCACCGUUCAAGAAGGUAAGGCAGUGGUAGAAGAAUCAGAUGAAGUGCCCGUGGAGGAGGACGGGGUUCACAAAUUCGAGGAGCCCGAAUGGAACAGAGGAUACGAGGAAGUUAUCGAGGAACAACCAUUCGUGCAACCAAUGGGCGAAGAGUCAGUUGAAGAGGCAGUUGAAGAGGCAGUUGAAAUCCCAGUCGUGGAGCCUUUUGUUCGCCUAGUUGAACAACAAGACGAAGAGCAAGAAGUUGAAGAACAACAACAAGAAGAACAACAACAAGAAGAUCAACAAGAAGAAGAACAACAAGUUGAAGUGACAGCAUUUGCUCAGGUCAACGACAAGCCCAUCCCAGAAGAGAUUGAAGAAUCUGUGGAGGCAUCUCUUGAUAAUCCUGUAGAGGCAGUUCAAAGUACAGGUGAAAUAGUCGAAGAGUUCACUUUGAUAGAAUCAAUUGAGCAAAAGGAAGAACCAAUGGAGCAACCAAUAUUGCAGGCUGAAGAGCCAAUUUUGCAGGUUCAAGAACCUAACUCGCUCAGCAGAGACCCAGUAGAUGACUUGGGCAACAUAUCAUUAGACGAGUCGACUGAGGCAGCUCAUACAACAGUGGAAAAUGCUGCUGAGAAGAUAGUGCAAGAGGCAGUUGGCCACUCAGAAUACAUCCAAGAUGUAGGGGAGAAUCAAGAGGCUCAGACUUGGGAAGCUACACAUGAGUUGUAA